UAGAGUCAUGCUUACUCUAAAGUUCCUAGUUUUUAUCGCAUUAGUUUUAAGCACUCAUGCCGAUGAUGAUGGAUUAGUUAUGAAAAUAGGUGCUAUUUUCUUUGACUCUGAAACAAAACUGGCUGAGGCCUUUGAUGCGGCUAUCGAGGAAGUAAAUGCAGUGAGUCCUGUGCUGAAGUUGGAGCCUUUGAAGCACUAUAUAACUGUAGAUGAUAGCAUAAUGCUCCAGGACUUGACUUGUGACUUGAUUGGAAAUGGUGUCGCUGCUAUUUUGGGACCAAGUUCAAAGACAGGCAGUGAUAUCGUUGAGGUGCUCUGUAAUAUGACGGGCAUUCCGCAUCUGCAGUUCGAUUGGCAUCCCCAGCAGUCCUUUCGAGAGCGUCUCAACCAUCAAAUGACCAUCAAUGUGGCUCCAUCGGAGCUAAUACUGUCUACGGCCCUUUCUGAUAUACUGCGCAGCAAAUAUUUCGAUUGGAAAUCAUUUACAAUUGCCUAUGAACGAGAUGCACAUCUCGCACGGUUGCAACAUAUUUUUGCCUGGAAACAAGUUCACAAGACUGGCAUUAAGCUACAGGAGUUUCAGCGUGGUGACGACUAUCGUAUACUUUGGAAACGAAUUAGCAGUUCUCGUGAAAAGUUCGUGCUGCUUGACUGUUCCUCUGAUAUAAUAUCGGAGGUGAUCAAUGCCUCUAUAGGUUUCAACAUGACUGGAUCAUUUAAUAAUCUUUUCAUAACCAAUCUAGAUACUCAUCUCAGUGGCAUAGAUCGUUUCUAUUCGAAUGUGUUUCGAGUUGCUGUUGCCGCUAUACGACUUCGCACCUAUGUUCCUCCGCCAGUGCAUGACGAGAUCGAUGUAUUCGAUGAUGCGGAAGAGGAUCGAUUUGCCUCAUUGGGAACGCAGCUGAUAUACGAUGCGGUUGUGCUCUUUUAUAAUGCCAUGUUACAAUUGAGUCAACGUUCCGGAUUCUACUCGCCUCAGUUUAGCUGUGGGCGUGGCUUCUGGCAGCCAGGACCGCUUCUAGUACAGCAGAUGAAGAAGCUCUCACCGAAACAAGUGAAACCGCCUUAUAAGACACAACGAUUGCAAAUAACCGACGAUGGUCAACGGGAGGACUUCAAUUUAGAGGUGUAUAACCCGAUUAUCGAUCAUGUUACGCACAUCUGGAACAAAGAGUUUCAGCUGGUGGACUUUGACAAGAUCAGGGAGAACUCAACGAAGGCACUGAAACAGCGACGUCUUGAGACCAAAGUAGAUUUUUCUCAAAAGACCGUAAAAUAUACGGUGGCUACACGUGUGGGCAAACCCUAUUUCAGCUGGCGUAAGGAACCGGAAGGCGUGCACUACGAGGGCAAUGAACGUUUCGAGGGAUACGCAGUGGACCUGCUGUAUAAUCUUGCGGAGGAAUGCAAAUUUGAUUUCCAUAUCGAGCCAGUGAGGGAUAACAAAUAUGGAAGCUAUGAUGCAAAGACUGAUGAAUGGGAUGGCAUAAUUAGGCAGCUAAUUGACAAUAAUGCACAGAUUGGCAUCUGUGAUUUAACAAUUACUCAGGCGCGUCGUUCGGUUGUGGAUUUUACGGUGCCAUUUAUGCAGUUGGGCAUUAGCAUCCUGGCAUACAAGGAACCUCCACCACAGGCCAAUAAAUAUGGCUUCCUCAAUCCCUACAAUGUGAAUGUUUGGCUUCAUCUUAUGGUUGCUAUGCUAAUAACAGCCAUGGCAUUGAUACUGGUCGGUCGCAUGGAUCCCUAUGAAUGGGAGCCGCCGGUCUUAAAUGAGGUUAAUGAGGAGGAGGUUGAGAAUACUUGGCACUUGCACAAUACCAUGUGGCUUGUCUUGGGCUCUAUACUCAAUCAAGGUUGUGAUCUGUUGCCCAGGGGCGUGCCAAUGCGUCUGCUGACAGCCUUCUGGUGGAUUUUUGCCCUGCUCAUCUCUCAAACAUAUAUAGCCAAGUUGGCUGCCUUUAUUACCUCUUCGAAGAUGACUGGAAGCAUUGCCUCCUUGCAUGAUCUGGUUGAUCAGAAUAAGGUGCAAUUUGGUACCCUUCGAGGAGGAGCUACUUCUGUUUACUUCUCGGAAUCGAAUGAUACGGAGAAUCGUAUGGCCUGGAACAAGAUGUUGUCUGUGAAACCGGAUGCUUUCACUAAGAAUAACGAGGAAGGUGUUGAUCGUGUCAAGCUAAACAAGGGAAAAUAUGCGUUUCUAAUGGAAACGACCAGUCUACAAUACUACACGCAAAGGAAUUGUGAGCUUACCCAGAUAGGUGAAAGUUUUGGAGAGAAGCAUUACGGCAUUGCGGUGCCAUUGAAUGCAAACUUUAGAUCGAAUCUCAGUGUUGGCAUCCUUAGGCUCAGCGAGAAGGGUGUGCUCUACAAGAUACGAAAUAAAUGGUUUAAUACGAAUGGCACAACGUGCGAUCACAACGGCCCCACCGAUGAUAAUGGACAGUAUGAUAUGGAUGCAGUAGGUGGGCUUUUUGUGGUCCUCAUUGUGGGUAUCAUUAUUUCGUUUAUCAUUGGCGUGGUGGAGUUCCUCUGGCACGUCCAUAAAAUUGCGCUGAAAGAAAAGAUUAAGCCCAUGGUCGCAUUUAAAGGAGAGAUAAACUUUCUCAUUCGAGUCUGGUUAAGACGGAAACCCCAGCACACUUAUCGCCAGAGUCGAGACUCUACCUCGACGGGUUACUCCUCACUCGGCCAAAUGACCAGCACGUCUUGUGCCAAAAAGAGAAAGAAAUUAAAAAGUCGUUCAGAGUAGAAAUCACUGAACGACUUAAACAUUCAUUCAAAUAGCAUUUCUAAUUAUAAAAAAAGAAACUUUAAUAAAUAAAUAAUAAUUAUUUUAAGAAAGUA